ACUAGGUACAUCCGCAAAUAAUGGUACAGGAAGUGGCGGCCAUUUUUCUCAGCAGUUUCGGGGGUAGGGCCAUCUAGAAUCACUGUAGGGAACUGAAAAAGAGAAUUUCUUUACCUGUUGUGAAAAUUACCGAUCGGAGAAGGGAAUGCGAGUGUCCUCUAUCAUAAUUUUAUUGUAACGGAAAAUUUGGAUGUUUUAUAGAUGGCGAUAGUAAUCCACAAACCAUCUUUCAACGUUCUGUCAAGGGGUGCUCAUCCUAAAAUAAUAACGAGAAUGUGCAUGGAAGCUAUGUGCCCCGUUUUUUUCAAAUAAUUAAUUAAUUGUUAAUGAAUUAAUUUAUUGUAUCGAUGAUGGUUAUUCACUCUUUGAAUUUAAUCAGAUAUUUUUUUCGCAGUGCUCUAUAAUAUUUCUUAUUGCUGCGCUUAAUUAUAUAUAAUUGGAUUAACCUAAAUUACCGGUGAUGGUAUUUAAAAUUUUUAAAAAUGAUAAAUAAAUCGUUGUUCAUUCUAUCAUCCCAUACAAAUAAUUGUUGUUAAUGUUUAUUGUUAAUAAUUGGAAAAAAAAAUUGGUUUCGGCGAGAUUCGAACCCUGAGCCUCCAGCAUAUAAAUCCAUAACCUUAUCCACUCUGCCAAAGGAGGCCAUUUAACUUGGCAUUUAGUUUUGUCUAUAACACGAUAAUUAUUAAAUUUUAUAUUGUUUAUGCAUAUAGUCCACCAUAGUUCCAAUUAAUAUCUUGUUUCUUCAUUAUUGGUGACUAUCAAAUAAUCAAAUAAUUAUUGCGAAUAAAUAUAAAUGAUCUCGAUAGAAUCAUAGAUUUGUUUUCUGCAUAAAUUUUUUCAUCAUGUACUAAUUAAUUGUUUACUAUGUCAACGAAGGUUAUUACAAUAUUCCAUUCAAUCAAAUCAAUUAUUGGAAUCUGCCGUGAAGUGUUUUUUAAUACCUGGCAUUAUUUAAUUAGAUUUGUUUGCAUAAAAGUCAAUAUCAGAUAUUAAUUAUAAACAAAUCACCAAAAUUCCAUCAUCCCAUGAGAAACUAUUUGGAUUGUUACGCUUAAUUACUUGUGGUUGAAUCAUCAGAAAUUACCGUUUCAUUCCUGGAAAAGAGGGGAGUAAUUCGGAACAGCCAUAUAGAAGGGAGGCAGCUCAAGUCAUGAACGCCCGACAAUAAACGACCUGACCAUGGCAGGUGUACUCGUACAGGUAUAAAUCGAUAGUCCCUACUCAGGAGAACUCAGUCGCAGGACUACUCCUCGCAGUUUCAACAUCGUCACCGUCAUCAUUCAAUCGAAAUAGUGUUACGUGCAUUUUAUAUUUUUGUAAUUGUGUGUGACGUCUCCAGAAUGAAAAGACCAAGUACGAGUGUCCUACCUACGGAGAUUAUUAUUCACAUAUUUAAAUACGUUCCCAUACUAUGGAAGAUUAAACUGGAAAGAGUUUGCAGGCAAUGGCAGGAGGCGAGCAAAGCUUCCUGGAGCGGUAUUAGGCGAUUAAUUGUCGUUUCUCCCCGUCGGCGCAGAAACUCCCUUGGCAUAUAUGUCCAAAAUGAUGAAAUAUAUGUCUCAAGAUAUGACCAAAUAAUGAUGGAUGCCAUUCUAUCUCGUAUUGGGCACAACAUCACCCAUCUAUCAUUUGAGUUGUUUUCUGUCGAUCUGGAUAAACAUUUCUUCCUACUCAUCGCGAAACAUUGCACCAAUGUGGAGAACUUCAGCAGCAGCGGAUGGCAGAAAUCAGCAGAGCUGAAGCACUUACUUUCUUGCAAUACAAAAUUAAGAUCCAUUUACUUGGAUGGAGCAGAGGUGAGUUUAAGCGCAUUGCAAGGCCGGAACUGGAAAUGUUUGCACUUACUAGGUGGCAUGCCGAUUUGGGAAAAGGCUUCGAAGGAACGAGUAGUGGAACUCAUAAAUGGCAGUUCCGAUUUGGAAGAUUUGAGACUUGACACAUGGUCGGAAGAAAUUCGUGAUGCCGUCGUAAAGAAGUCGAAAUUGAAGUCCCUGGGUUAUUGCGAAGAAUUGUUUCGCUAUGGUCGACGUCCGGAGUUAAUUAAUUUCCAGGGAAUGCGAUUAUUGACGAGUUUGGCCCUAUGUGAUCUCGGGAUAAAGGUGGAUUGUGCAGAACGUUUCCUCAGGAUGCUCAUCCAAAUAUCCCUGUAUUGUCCAAACUUCCAGGAAUUAUCAAUACGAGAGACGGCGGUAUCAAAUUCGGCGUAUGAAGCGAUGUUGGCUUUACCAAAACUUCAUACCCUGGCCUUAGAAAAUAUCAAGUCCUUUGAUGAUACCAUGCUCGUGCGGCUAUCAAAGCUUCGCCGGUUAGCAGUGAAGAACGUUGGUUAUAGCGUUGAAGGAUUGCUGUCGUUUUUGGCCGAAGCCACCGAUUUGGAGUAUUUGGACAUUAGCUGGAGUAGCCUAUAUAUUGCAGAACUGGAGCAGAUCAUUAAUGUUACAUUCCAUCGAAAGAACAAACUGAAGAUCAUCGUUCACCAACGUGAUAUGAAUAAAAUUGUAUCCAUGUCUCCAGGAAAACAUGUGACGUUCGCCCAGUGGCAUUAUAAGCAACAUACGCAUUUCCUGCUCCGUCCAUGAAUAAUUAAUAUGAAUAUAAAUAUGUAAAAUCUAUGGAAUG